GGCAGCACCACAGCCUCAGACAUGCCGCUCCUGCUGCUGCUGCUGCUGGGCCUGCUGUGGGGGAGCCUGGGGGCCCAGGGCCAGAAGGGGAACAGCCCUGGUUACGGGCUCCACAUGCAGGAGUCAGUGACGGUGCAGGAGGGGCUGUGUGUGCAGGUGCCCUGCACCUUCUCCUACCCCCGGGAUGGCUGGGGCGACUCCACCCCGGCUCACGGCUACUGGUUCCGGGAAGAGGCUAAUACACUCAGAGACACUCCAGUGGCCACAGACAACCCACAGCGCAGAGUGCUGAAGGAGACCCAGGGCUGCUUCCUCCUCCUCGGGGACCCCAAGGACUACAACUGCUCCCUGUUCAUCAGAGACGCCAGGAAGGAGGACCAGGGAAGAUACUUUUACAAGUCCUCACCCACACACCCCUCAUCCUCAUCCCAGGGACCCUGAAGUCGGGUCACCCAGUGAACCUGACCUGCUCUGUGCCCUGGGCCUGUGAGACGGUGAAGCCCCCCA